AUGGCCAAUAUGAUAGACCUCAAGAAAGAAUUAUAUAAUGCCCUCCAAGAUUCUUCUGAGAUAGUUUUAUAUAAUGCUAAAUUGCGGAAUAAGUAUGAAAAACAAGAAAAAAAUUUUAACCAGGAGAGAAACAA